AUGAAUUCAAUUCGAUCAUGUAUUGAACAACAAUUAAAUGAAAUUGAAUUAUUACGUUGUUGUUAUCCAUCAUCAGAUGAAUUUUAUCUCGAUGAUAUUGAAGCAUUUAGUGAAGCAAAAGAAUUUAUUGAUGAAAAACGUGAGAAUAUUCAAAGGAAUCUUGGUUUUAUUCUUAAACUACAUCUAAAUGAUAUUAAUACAUCAAUUGAACUUCAAUUUGUUUAUCCAUUUUAUUAUCCUGAAUCACCAGUUGAUAUUCAUUUACGUACAUAUUUAUCACGUGAAUGUUAUGAAAAAUUUAAUGAAUCUAUAAAACAGUUUUUAAAUAAUAAAAUAUCAUCAUUACAAGAACCUUAUGUUAUGGAAUUUCUUUCAUGGAUUCAAGAUAAUCAAAUUCUUUUUAUUUCAUCAAAUGAUACAAUAUCUAAAACAACAAAUGAACAAAUUAUAAAGAAAAAAUUUUUUUCUCGUCUUUGGAUUUAUAGUCAUCAUAUAUAUAAUACAGAAAAACGACGAAAUAUAAUUAAUUGGGCACAUGAAUUACAUUUAAAUGGUUUUUCUAUGCCUGGUAAACCUGGUAUUAUUUGUGUUGAAGGUGAAGAAUCUGAUGUUAAUGAAUAUUGGACACGUUUACGUAAUCUUACAUGGAAAAAAUUACAAAUGAAAGAAAAAGAAUUUUUAGGUGAUAAAAAUGAAAAUAAUUUACGUUUUAAUCAAUUUCAAGAACUUUCUUUUGUUCAUGAUAAUCAUAGUAAACAUGAUUUAGGACAAUUAUAUCAAUAUUUACAUGAUAAACAAUUAGACAGAAUAUCGAUAAUUUAUUCUAAUUAUAUCAUGAAUCAAGAACAACCAACAAAACGAUUACCUAGACCUGAUCUUCGUGUUAAUCCAUCAAAAUGGAGUGCUGCACAAAGUGGUGGAAUUGCUUCACGAGUUGCUAUUGUCGCAACUGUAACAGCUAUUGUUGGUGGUCUCAGUCUCGUAUUUCUCUAUCCUUAUAUUAACAUUGAACGAUUUCGUCGUAUUCAAAAAGUUAAUCGAGCUGGAAUCAAUCCUGAAGAUGUACAACCACCUGGUUUGCCUGUUUGGCGUGAUCCAUUCGAUAGAAAAAAAGCUGGAUAA